AUGCUAUUUGAGUUAGACCAGGGAUGGGACAAGGGCAGAGAGGCACACUCUCUGAAUCCGGUGAGGGACAAGGGGGGAGUGGCACGCCUUGUCGACCAGGUGUGGGACAGAGGGGAAGAGGCACACCGUCUGGAUGCUCCUGCGGCGUCUGCUGCUGGUGCUGCUGGUCCCGCGUUCUCUGCUCCAGCUGCUGUUGCUGGGCGGUUGAGUGCGGUGGAGGACGGUGGUGAUGCUGCCAGUGAUGCUGCUGCUGCUGGCGGCGUGGAUGGUGGGGGGUGCAGUGAGGUGCUGGACGGUGGUGGAAUGGGGGUGGGGGAAAAAGGGAGAGAAGGAGAUUCAGGGGGGAGAGGGGAUGUAGAGAGGAAGCGGAAGGUUCCUCCAGGUGGGUUUGAUGGGGCCAUGCGGUCAUUUUCGGAUCUCUACCCCUUGUUUCAGCAGCAGCAGCAGCAGCAGCAUCCCCAGCAGAAGCAGUAUCAGUUGCAACAGCAGCGGUAUCAGCAGCAGCAACAGCAGUCGGCGGGCUUGGAACCUCGUUUCCUGGAGACUGAAAGGUGGUGGGAAAUGCAGCAACAGCAUCAGCAGCAACAGCAGCAGCAGCAUCUGCAACAGCAGCAGCAGCGGCAGCAUCAGCAGCAUCAGCAGCAGCAGCAGCAGCAGCAGCAGCAGCAGCAGCAGCAGCAGCAGCAGCAGCAGCAGCAGCAGCAGCAGCAGCAGCAUCUGCAACAGCGGCAGCAUCAGCAUCAGCAGCAGACGUUCAUUUGCUUUGCUGAAGCUACACCCUGGACUUCUGUUUCCCACGCCAGCAUCUCACAGCAGGUAGCGGCGGCUAUACUGGCCUGGGAAGGGACAGGGUCGCUUCUGGAGCAGCGCAGGAGGGAGGAGAGGCGGGUGCGGGCUGUUCAGGCGGCCCAACAGACGUUGCAUGGGCCACGGGUGGGGUUGGAGCAGAGGGGGUGGGAGUCGUUGCAUCGGCCAGGGGUGGGGCUGGAGCAGAGGGGGAUGGAAGAGAGACGGGAAAGGGCGACUGAGGAGCCGCGGCUGUUGUUGGAGGGGGCAGGGUCGGGUCUGGAGCAGCGGAGGAGGGGCGAGAGGGGGGGGCGGCCUGGGUUGUGGAGUGGUGGUGGGGGGGAGGGGAUGUGGAGUGGUAAUGAGAGUGGUGGGAGAGAGGGAGUGGGGGCUAUGAACAUUGAUGAUGCACGAAGUAUGCAGGAGGGGAGGAGAGGGGAGGAAAUGAGGGAGGGGGCGAGGAGGGAAGAGGAAAAGAGAGAGGAGGAAGGGGGAAAUGAGAGAAUGAGGGAGGGGAGAAGGCGGGAGGAGGAGAGAAUUCAGGGGUCAUGGCAGUGGGAUGGAGUGGGGUGGGAGCAGGUGGGAAGUGGUGGGAAUGGAAGGCCGUGGACUGCACUGGAUGGGGGUCAGGCCUGGAUAAGAACGCUCCUGCGGGCUCCUCAUCUUGCCGGAGCAUGCCGCUGCUAG